AUGGCGAGAGGUAGCGUGGGCGCGGGCGAGGAUGGGGAGGCGGAGGAGGAGAGGGCGGCGAGCGAGGCGCUGACGGCGGACUCGGCCGACGAAGAGGGGCGCCGCGGGAGCAGCUCCAGCGCCAGCUCCGAGGCCGCCUCCACCGUCUCCUACACUUACUCCCCGCCCGACGAGUGGCAGAAUAAGGUGGCCAUCAAGACCUGCGUGUCGGUAGUGUCGGCCGACGUCGCGGGCGGGGCUGACGACGGCAAGGAGGAAAAGCCGCCGCGCGGCGGCGUCGACGCGGCCUACAGGCAGAGAGCCUCAGAGAUGGAGAUGAUGAAGGAGAGGUUCUCGAAGCUGCUGCUCGGCGAGGACAUGUCCGGGAGCGGCAAGGGCGUCUGCACCGCGCUCGCCAUCUCCAACGCCAUCACCAACCUCUGCGCGACGAUAUUCGGCCAGCUCUGGAGGCUGGAGCCUCUGCUGCCGGAGAAGAAGGCCAUGUGGCGGCGGGAGAUGGACUGGCUGCUCUGCGUCAGCGACCACAUCGUCGAGCUCGUUCCCACGUGGCAGACGUUCCCGGAUGGUACAAUGCUUGAGAUCAUGACAAGCAGGCCACGGUCUGAUCUGUACAUCAACCUGCCGGCACUACGGAAGCUAGACAACAUGCUCCUCGAGAUCCUGGAAGGAUUCAGAGACGUCGAAUUCUGGUACGUCGACCAGGGCAUCUGCGCGCCGGACUGCGACGGUUCCGCGUCCUACCGGAGAACGUUCCACCGCCGCGACGACAAGUGGUGGCUCCCGGUGCCCCGCGUGCCCCAGGGCGGCCUCUGCGAGGCCACCCGGAGGCAGGUCGAGCACCGGCGCGACUGCGCCAACCAGAUCCUGAAGGCCGCCAUGGCCAUCAACAGCAACGCCUUGGCCGAGAUGGACGUGCCGGACUCCUACCUCGACUCGCUGCCAAAGAACGGGCGCGCGACGUUGGGCGACGUCAUAUACCGGUACAUCACCUCGGACCACUUCUCCCCGGACUGCCUCCUCGACUGCCUCGACCUGUCGUCGGAGUACCAGGCGCUGGAGAUCGCCAACCGCGUCGAGGCCUCCAUCUACGUGUGGCGCUGGAGGGGCGGCGGCGGCGGCGCCGCGAAGCCGGCGAGCCGCGCGGGCGCCAAGUCGUCCUGGGGCAUCGUGAAGGGCAUGAUCAUGGACACGGAGAAGAGAGACCUGCUCGCCGAGCGCGCGGAGGGGUUGCUGAUAUCCCUGAAGCAGCGGUUCCCCGGGCUCACACAGACCAGCUUGGACAUGAGCAAGAUUCAGUACAACAAGGACGUGGGGAAAUCGAUCCUCGAGAGCUACUCGAGGGUCCUGGAGAGCCUGGCCUCCAACAUCAUCGCACGGAUCGACGACCUGCUCAACGUCGACGAGCUGAGCAAGCAGUCAGAUAGCAUUCCGUCUGCCGGCUCGGCCACGGGCGCGAAGAUCGCCUGCAAGAGCAACAGCAGCAGCAAGCAGGCCACGGUGGUGCCCGCCUCGGGCACGCCCUACGCAACGUACACCACGCCGAGCUUCUCGCCGGCGCAGCUGUCGAGCCCGUCCAAGAUCGGGAGGGCCCUGCUGGUCGACCGCCGGUCGCACCACGUCAAGGGGGCCGCCGGAGCUAAGAGGACAGCGGCGUCCGCGGCUGACCGCGCUGGCGUGGAGGUCGUCGUCAAGGGGAUGGUGGUCGGCAGCGCCAUGCUCGAUGUCCCGACGGCUGUCACAGCAGAGAUGUGA